AUGACUGUACGGCCACAGACGCCGUUAAGAACCUACGUUGAAAUCGGCCGGGUGGCCUACAUCACCAGCGGCCGCUACAGGGGGAAGCUGUGCAGCAUCGUGGAUGUCAUCGACCAGAACCGAGCCCUGGUUGAUGGCCCUUGCUCUGGGGUGCCUCGCCAGCCAGUUAGUUUCAAGCACCUACGUCUGACACGUCAGAAGAUCAGGAUCCCUCACAGUACCUCCACAAAAGUAGUGCGCAAGAACUGGGAGAAGGAUGGAGUUGCCCAGAAGUGGCAGGAGUCCACAUUUGCCAAAAAGCUUGCUGCACGGCAGCUGAAAAAGAACAUGAAUGACUUUGAUCGCUUCAAACUGAAGAGGACAAAGCAAAUGAUGAACCGCUUGGUGGCUGUUCGUUUCCUUAAGUUGAAGGCAUUGGCCAAGAAGUCUGCAAAGAAGGAGAGAGAGGAGAAGUUGAAAAGUGGCAAGGGCGGGAAGAAACCUCGCAAGGCUCCAGCAAAGAAGUGAAUUUAUGUACAUUGCAAGUUACAUGAAGAUGGUGUUCUUUGC